AUGGGCCUCACCAUGUUUACUGCGUCAGAAUCCCUUCCACGUUCUUUGAGCAAAAGUAGUCGGGCGAAUUUUUGGGGCGUUUGGGAAUACCACCAGGCUACUUAUAUCAAAAUCCCAGACACCACGAAACAUAAACUCAAGAGAGAAGGCUUUAAUCCGAAUUUCUUUCUUGUGAUUGUGAGAGAAAGGAGAGGAAAGAUGGCCGUUGCUGAGUCCGUUAUCGAGCUCCUUCUCCAAAAUAUCGGUGACCCCUUUAGUCAAGAAGCCAUUUCGCUACAUGGGGUUCGCGAUCAAGUUGAACGGCUGAAGGAAGAAUUUAGGCAGAUCCCAUCCUUCUUGGAAGACGCUGAUGCCAGACAAGAAGGAGAUGAAAUUAUGAAGAGGAUGCAGGACGUGAAAGAUGUUGCACGCGAUGCUGAGGACCUCAUCGACACCUUUGUCUUCAAUAUAGCAACCUUGAGGCGAAUAGUAUUUGUGGGCGGCUCCAUUCAAAGGUACGCUUUCAUCUUCAAUGAGUUGAUAGUUCGCCGUAAGGUGGGCUUCAAGAUCGAACAGAUAAAGAAUAAAAUCCGUGAGAUCUCCGAAAAAAGGUCGGUUUAUGGUAUUGAAAAUAUAGGACAGGGAGCAGGGGGGAUAUCUGCUGGUCUAAGGCUCACUUCUCCUUAUGAUCAAGAAUCAGAUUUUGUUGGUUUUGAGAAUGAUUUGAAGGUUUUGGUGGCGCGGUUGACAGAGGGAGAGACACGACGAUGUGCUAUUUCAAUAGUCGGAAUGGGUGGUCUCGGUAAGACCACUCUUGCUAAAAAAGUUCAUAACACUGGUGUUGUUAAGAAACAUUUCGAUGCUCAUGCAUGGAUUACUGUAUCACAAGAGUAUAGUGUGAGCGAGCUUUUGCAGAACAUCAUAAAUCGCUGUAUGGUGUUCUCGAAAGAGGAGCUUGAGUUGAAGAACGUCCAUGAGCUGAGGCAUAUAAUUUCAGAGCACUUGAAAGAGAAGAAAUACCUGAUGGUAUUAGAUGAUAUAUGGACAGUGGAAGCAUGGGAUGCUCUCAAGGAUGCUUUCCCUGAUAUGAAUAAUGGAAGCAGGGUCAUGCUCACCACGCGCAACAAAGACCUAGCUUUACACGCAGAUGCACGAAACCAGCCCCAUGAACUGGGAUUACUAAACGAUAAAGAGAGCUGGGGAUUAUUUUGUAGGAAAGCAUUCCCAGGACAGGAUGGCAAUUGCCCUCAGUACUUGAAGGAGUUGGGAAGAAAGAUGGUGCAAAAAUGCCAUGGUCUACCUCUUGCAAUCAUAGCCAUCGGAGGGCUCCUAUCGAGGACAGAACCAGAACCAUGGGAGUACGAAAAAGUAUACAAAAGCAUUAGCUGGAAUUCUACUAUGAAUUCCGUGCUAAGAAACUGA